AGUUGUGGUGUUCUUUCCUCUGUUUUUCACGAAAUUAAUUUUUAAUUUCAAUUGUUUUCUAAUUUCUGCAAGUUAGGUUAAGGAGUAAUUUUAAAGUAUAUUAUCUAUGUAGGGAAUUCAUGAAACGACAAUUUUCUUUUUUAAUAAGUUAACAAUUCAAGAGAAUAAAAAUAUGAAACUGUUGCAUAAUACCAACAAGUAACUUUGUGGUGACCGCCCUGGGACAGCGCAGUGACUUACACAGUAUAGAAGAGAAUGAUGAAGACAAAUACACAGAAUCAGAAGAAACUGUACACAGUGGUGACACAGUUGUUGUGAAAACUGGAGACAGUCUUGACUGAAACAUGGAAGUGAAAGAAGAAUAUGAUGAACUGGUUGCAUCUCACGGACAGCACUCAGUACCUGAGAGCAACACUGAGUUGGAGUCAAAGCUACUGGCUGAUGCUCUCCGGGAGAUUCUCCAAGGGACUCGAGCUUCAAGCUCAAUAGUUGCAGACCAGUUGGUCAAACUACAUGAUGUGUUGAAGUAUGAAAGUACUACAUUUGGGUGUACUCUUUGUGGUGAGGAGUUUCUCCAUGAAGAGGAGUACAAUGCUCAUAUGGACUUGCAUCAGGAAAGUGAUGGAGAUACUGAGUAUGUGACGUCACAAGUGUGCGAGUCUUGUACAGACUUGGCUCAACCUUCAGCCGCCCCACUGCCGGCGCUAAUUGUGACCAAAGAAGAUAAUGGAAUCGAAGAAAACAAAAAAGCAGUAAAUAUUAGAGAAGAAUUACACGACCAGUCGUCGAAGGUCAACAAUAUAACUAAGACAGACAUCAAAGCAUACACUAAUUGUGAAGUCAAACUAUAUGAUAUAUUGAAAGAACCAGAGAAAUCAAGAAGUUAUGUUAGCUCUUUUGAUGAUAAAACUGAAACAAACAUGAAAUUUAAUGUAUUCACAAAUUGUAUAGUCAAACUAUAUGAUAUAUAUAAAGAACCUGAGAUGUCACAAAAAUGUGACAGGUUAAAGGAUGAUGAAAAAAAGCUCUUAGUUAAACACAUAAAGUCUCACACCAAAAAUAAAUUGUUCGCUUGUGAGCUUUGUCAAUUCAAAUCCAACUACAAUAGUUGCUUAGUUUUACAUAUGCGAACUCACACUGGUGAAAAGCCUUUUUCUUGCAAGUUGUGCGAGUAUAAAGCCGCUCGAAAAUGUCACUUAAUUUCACAUAUGCGAACUCACACUGGUGAAAAACCUUAUUCAUGUGAUUUGUGCGAGUAUAGAUGUACAGUAAGUAGUGCCCUAAAUACACAUAAGAGGACUCACACUGGUGAAAAGCCUUAUUCCUGUAAGUUAUGCAAGUUUAAAUCUGCAGACCGUAGUGGCUUGGUGAGACAUAUGCGAAGUCACACUGGUGAAAAGCCGUAUUCUUGCAAGGUAUGCGAGGGUAAAUUUAGGUCUAGCCAAAGCUUAGGAAAACACAUGCGUUCUCACACUGGUGAAAGACCAAUACCAAAAAGUUUUACUUGUGACAUUUGCAAAAAUGUGUUCCAAGAUAAAAGGGUCUUACGUAAACACAUGAAGUUCCACAUUGAAAGAAUAUUCGCUUGUAAGGUUUGUCAAUAUAAAUCCAUCUAUAAAACUAGCUUAGUUGUUCAUAUGCGAACUCACACUGGCGAAAAGCCUUAUUCGUGUAAGUUAUGCGAGUUUAAAUGUUCGGUUAGUGGUGACUUAUUGAAACAUAUGCGAACUCACACUGGUGAAAAGCCCUUUUCUUGCAAGUUGUGCAAGUAUAAAGCCGCUCGAAAAUGUCACUUAAUUUCACAUGUGCGAACUCACACUGGUGAAAAACCUUAUUCUUGUAAUUUGUGCGAGUAUAGAUGUACAGUAAGUUGUGCCCUAGUGAGACAUAUGCGGACUCACACUGGUGAAAAACCUUAUUUCUGUCAGUUAUGUGAGUAUAAAUCUGCAGACAAAAAAAGCUUAGUGUCACAUGUGCUAAUUCACACUGGUGAAAAGCCAUAUUGUUGUCAAUUGUGCGCGUAUAAAACUACACACGAAAGGAACUUAUUGCGACAUAUGCGUACUCACACUGGUGAAAAGUCUUAUUAUUGUGAUUUGUGCGAUUAUCAAUCUAGUACCAAAAGUUACUUAUCAAUACACAUGCGUUCUCACACAGGUGAAAAACCAUACGCAUGUAAUUUAUGCGAGUACAAAUGUAGUCACAAAGGUAGCCUCGUGGGUCAUAUGCGCACUCAUACUGGUGACAAAACGCCAAAACCAUACUCAUGUAGUAUAUGUAAGCGCAAAUUUUCCGAUAGUAGUCACUUAAGAGUACAUAUGCGGAUUCACACUGGUGAGAAACCAUACGCUUGUAAGUUAUGCGAGUACAAAUGUUCAGAUAAUAGUAACUUACGUAGACAUGUUAUGCAAAGACACACUGGUGAAAAGCCAUUCGCUUGUGACUUAUGCGACUAUAAAGCUUGUCAGAAAAUUAGCCUUGUGUAUCAUUUGCGAAAACAUUAUUAAAGCAAUCUUCUUAUUAGUCAACUAGUAGACGCCGCGCGGUUUCACCCGUGUGGUUCCCGUUCCCGUAGGAAUACGGGGAUAAAAUAUAGCCUAUAGCCUUCCUCGAUAAAUAGGGCUAUCUAACAAUGUAAGAAUUUUUCAAAUCGGACCAGUAUUUCCUGAGAUGAGCGCUGUCAAUCAAACAAACAAACAAACUCUUCUGCUUUAUAAUAUUAGUAUAGAUGUGUGCAGAAUUGCACACGAAAUUCGAUCAAGGUAAGCAUUAUUUAUUUCAGUUUCAUUAUUUAUUAUUUCUGUCAGUUAUGUGAGUAUAAAUCUGCAGACAAAAAAAGCUUAUUGUUACAUGUGCGAAUUCACACUGGUGAAAAGCCACAUUGUUGUCAGUUGUGCACAUAUAAAAGUACAAAGAAAAGGAACUUAAUGCAACAUAUGCGUACUCACACUGGUGAAAAGUCUUAUUCUUGUGAUUUGUGCGAUUAUAAAGGUAGGUACUAAAAAUAACUUAUUGAUACACAUGCGCUGUCACAGUGGUGAAAAACCAUACGCUUGUAAUUUAUGCGAAUUUAAAUUUUAAUUUAUUUAAUUUAAUUUUAAUAUAUUUUUAAUAAUUAAAUGUAAGCACAAGCAGAAUCUAGGUCAUAUGCGCACUCACACUGGUGAAAAGCCAUAUUCUUGUGAUAUAUGCAAGCGUCAAUUUUCUUAUGGUAGUCACUUAUUGGUACACAUUAGAAGACACACUGGUGAGAAGCCAUACGCUUGUAAGUUUUGCAAGUUAACAUGUGCAGAUAAAAAUAGCUUAUCGAAACAUACGCUAAUUCACACUGGUGAAAAGCCAUUCGCUUGUGAUUUUUGCGAGUUCAAAGCCCGUCAGAAAAUUAACUUAGCGACUCACAUGUGAAAACACUAUUAAACCAUUAUUCUUAUAAGUCAAUGUGAGCAGAAUUGCACACGGAAUUCGACCAGGGUAAACAUUAGGUGGGCAGGUUAGAAAUAAUGUACGCACCUUGUUCUCGUCAAACAAGUCCAGUGCAAGUACAAACCUAAUUGAUUAUAUUUUAAAAUAAACUACUCGUAACUGUGUCAAAAUAAUUUGACAACAAAUACGACGAUUAAAUCCAUUUUAAUCUUUAAAGGAGCGUUUACUCAUAUUUCUUAAAAAAAGGAAAAUAUAUUUUUUUUUCAAAAUCGGUAAAUCUUUGCGCGAUCUACCAGAUGCUCUCUGGUAGAUAGCUUAUGACCAGAGAGCAUCUGGUCUACUAACACCCCUUAAAGGGAUCGCUGUGUUUACUGUACGUACAUACAAUAAUAAUGUUUUAUUUAUUUUAAUGAAUUUCCUUAAAUAUUCAAAUGUAUUAUUUAAUAUGUUUACAAAUAAAUUGAAUUGAAGUAAAUAUUGUUUAUUUAUGUUAUGUUUACAAUUUCAAUGAAUAUUUAAUCAAUUUGCUUCCGUCUCAAUUUGUGUCUGUAUUAAUUUCAUGUCAAUUUAAUUGAAUUGAUGUAACUUUUGUAAUUAACUAUUGUUAUGUUCGUUAUGUAGUAAGUACAACAAUACAUAAAUAAACUUACACAAUACACUUGCAUUGCUUGCUUUCUAAGUGAUACUCACUGUCGCUCCCUUCGCUCCGAAGACAACCUAAUCUUAAAAAUUCCUUCCCAUAAUACUUCCUUCUGUUCUAAAUCCUUUUCUGUUAAAGCUGCUCGGCUCUGGAAUUCAUUGCCCUUAGACACUCGGCGUGCCCAAUCUCUAACCUCUUUCAAACGGCUGGUCAACAUGCACUUUUUUCCUCCCUGAUCUUUUAAUAUAACUUAUUAAUCCAAAUUACGCUUGUAUGUGUAUGUUUUAUUUAUCAAUUAUUUUUGAAUUAUUUUGUUUAUUUAUUUUUCUUUUGUGUCUUCCCUUAGAUGCCGUCUUGUUUUUAUGUGUUGCAGGUUUUCAUGUAUGUAUGUAUGUGUGUAUGUAUGUAUGUAUAUAUGUAUUUCUUUGUAUAUAUGUAUGAAGUAGUUAAGUAUAGUCUAUGUAUUAUUAUUAUGUAUUAUUGCUUAAUAUUUAUGUAUUUAAAUUACUUAACUUUUCUUAUUUUUUGUGUGCGUAUACCCAAAUCGGUGCUUACGUUUUUUUUUUUCUCUUCCACAGUGGUUGUCUGGAAGAGAUCGCUCUUUAGCGAUAAGACCGCCAUUUGUACAUUAGUUUCUAAGUGUUAUUAUAAGUUAUUGUUUAUUUUUGUUUUUAAUGUACAAUUAAGUAUAUUUCUUCUUCUUCUUCUUCUUGCAUUGAUUAUUUAGUACUCAGCCCCAAAGUAAGCUCACAGCCUUUGGUAAUAAGAUAGCGAAUUUUAUCAUUAUACUUUUAUAUACUACAUAGCAGUGGCGCAGUGUCGGAAUUUAUGAGAAGUAGGUAACCCCUAAAACCACCAAAUUCAGUUCAAUAUCAGCAACACAAUUACGCUUUUUAUUUAACCCCAACUGCCUCGCUAGACUUUUACUUAACUUAAGAGUGUGCAAUAUGUAAUUUGGUGGUUACAAAUGGUUCUGGAUCUCAGAUUCUGGAAAAGUCAGGAGCCUGAUAUUUGGGUAAAUGACAUUUCAAAGUGUUAGCUUCGUUAUGACUAUACAAAAUACACAAUUUGUAAAACUUUUCCCGAUAGUUAAUUUUUUUGAAAAUACAUGUUUUGCUCACAUUUUGCUUUCAAUCUCAGGAAAAGCAAACUUAUUUUCUUUAGUUGUUUUGUAUAGGAAAUUAGGUAUAUAUCUUGAACUUUAAUUUACUUGCAAUUAGGUAAAAAUGGCACAUAUUAGGGCACAUAGUUUGAAGAGCCGAUGGACGUUGGGGUCCCAAAGUGCUGGAAUGGCGACCCCGCACUAGUAAGCGCAGUGUUGGCCGACCCCCCACCAGGUGGACUGACGACAUCAAGCGAGUCGCAGGGAUUCGCUGGAUGCAGGUGGCUCAGUAUCGUGAUGUUUGGAAGUCCCUACAAAAGGCCUAUAUCCUGCAGUCCAUCGGCUGAUAUGAUGAUGAUGAUGAUGAGGUAAAUAUGAUCUCGCUUGCGCUUCAAAUUUUAUCCACACGUGUUAUUUUAACACAAUGAUACGGAUUCUAUAGAUGCAGUUUGUUUGAACACAUUUGAUCAAGAUCAUAUAUUGUUGACAGAGAAGUAACCUCUAGCGAUGUCCUUUAGAAGGUAAUUUUAGGAAAAACUAACUGGUGAGAGACUUCGGCCGUGGCUAGUUACCACCCUACCGGCAAAGACGUACCGCCACGUGAUUUAGCGUUCCGGUACGAUGUCGUAUGAAUAGAAAGGAGUGUAGAUUUUCAUCCUACUUCUAACAAGUUAGCCAGCUUUUAUCAUAGAUUGCAUCAUCACUUACCAUCAGGUGAGAUUGUAGUCAAGUGUUAACUUGUAAAGAACGAAAAAAAUGGGCGUUAUGUAUUGGUAUACAUAUCAUAUGGUAUGUUGGGAUAUAUACCAAAAAUACAUGUCUAUCGUACAAUGUUGCCGCGCCAUGACAAAACACUGUAUCUAAAAUCUCAUAUUGGGUUGUUAAACCCAUAUUCGGCUCACUGCUGAGCUCGAGUUUCCUCUCAGAAUGUGACGGGUUAGGCCAAUACCCACCACGCAGGCCCAAUGCGGAUUGGCAGACUUCACACACGUAGAGAAAUAAAAAAUCGCAGGUAUGACGGUUUCCUUACAAUGUCUUUCCUGCACCGUUUGAGAAGUGAUAUUGAACUUCUGAAAAAUUGGAGGUGCAGGCCCCGGACUGGUCAUAUCCGAGGCAGAGGUCAUAUCUACUAUCACUAUCACGUCUUUUGGGAGUAUCUGUGCGUGAUUGAAAAGCAAAAAAUAACAUCUUACUUAUGUGCUACCUUCUGAUCAGUUUGAAGGCGGUGCCAAUCCUGUGUCAUGUUUUAAAUUAAAGCCUGAAAGAGUUCUGAAAGAACCACAGUUAAACGGCUUGAAUUAAAACAUCACUGGCUUGGCACCGCCUUCAAACUGAUCAGAAGGUAGGUAGGUAGGGAAGUAAGAUGUUGUUUUUUACUUUUUAGUUUAGGUUAAUUUUUGAGUUGAAAGUCGGUUGAUUUUUUUUUAUUAUUUUUUUUUUUUUUUUCAUUUUUAGUGUUAGCAUACAGCUACUGAGUGUGAACAAAAAUUAAUAAGCAAUUAGCUAAAACGUUAUUUUCUUAUAAGUACCUAAGUCCUACAAUGGAAAUUUUGAUAAUUCUACCUUAACUCAUACACUAAAAUUUCACUCCCCCUUUAUCCACAAGUAAUAUGAAUAUUCAGAAAAACGUGAAAGGUAUCAUAACUAAUGAGAAGUGGUCUUAACUAUCCUCAGUCUUCAUUACCAGAUCCCCUAUGCAGUCACAAUCCAUAUGGGUGGAAAGUUCUCAUCAAUAUAAAAUAAAUUAAUUAUACAAAUAAAAAAACCCGACUGCAUAAAGUAUAAAAAAACUGAAAAGAAAAAAAACAAGCUCAGUCCAGAAGUGUAGAAAGCAAUUAGAAAACAGUCGGGACCUUAAAAAGGUCCCGACUGUUUUCUAGGUACUUAGGUACUUUAUGCAGUCGGGUUUUUUUAUUUGUUUAAUUAAUUUAUUUAUUUCACACUUUUUAGUUACAAUAGAUGGUUAAUUUCGGAUUUAUUUAUUACGUUUAUUACAAAGUACGAUAAGUUAUACGUCCAACCGAGGUUAAGCAAAUAUUCAAAAAAACCUACGGAACGCUCGGUGGGCGAAUCCGACUCGCACUUGGCGGAUUUUUAUAAUCAAUAUAUUUAAUUUAGUCUAUUUUAUAACUUCACUUCACAAACCUGCUCGCACCUAUAGUCUUCCGCCUCGCGUAUUUUGUAUAGACAACUAAUAAAUAACGUUUUUCUAAUUGUAGUUUUUUUUAAACUUGGCGAUGAUAUACCAUUUUAGAAUCCUCACAAAAAGCUCUUGAAUUUGAUACCCAUAUUGCAAUAUUAGGAAAAAAUUUUUUUUUUCACCUCCAGUCUAUAGCGUCUCACAGUCGUCUUGUUAUAUUUUUUUUAGUUUCACCUAUCUAAGAACACUUGGGUUAUUGAGACAAAUCUAACGAUAUCCUAAUUACGUAAAUCCGUUCAGUGGUUUGGAAGAUAUGAGGUAAUAAAGAAUAUUACAUACAUACAUAUAUACAUACAUACAUAUAUACAUACAUACAUACAUACAAGAUACGCGCGAAAAACAUAACCCUUCUUGCAGUCGGGUAAUUAAGCAAGUCCAAACACAAGGUAGCUACUGUGAACGAGGAGUUUCCUUAACUGUCCUUCAUCUACAUCACCAGACCCUCAAACAGUCAAAACAGUCAAAACCCUUCUAGGUGGAAAGUUCUCAUCAAUACAAAUUUAUCAAGUCCAAACACAAGGUAGCUACUGUGAACCGUCGAGGAGUUCUCUUCACUAUCCUUUGUCUUCAUCACCAGACCCUUAAUACAGUCAAAACCCAUGUAGGUGGAAAGUUCUCAUCAAUACAAAUUAAUCAAGCCCAAACAAAAGGUAACUGCUGUUAAUCGUUGACGAGUUCCAUCGUCUGUAUUUUGGCUCCAUCAUCAGACCAACUCCAGACCUUCAUAAAAUUGUAGUGGUUUAAAAUACCUUAUGGGAACACUAACAAACGCACUAGCCGUCUCUACAAUUUUCGAAAGUUCCUCUCGAUUUCUCCAAGAUGCUAUCAUCAGAUCCUGACAUUAAAAAAUGGGACCACCCUUCAACACAAAAAAGAAUUUUCAAAAUCGGUCCAUAAAUGACGGAAUUAUCGCUGGACAUACAUAAAAAAAUAAAAAAAACAUACAUACAGCCGAACGUAUGUAUGUUUUUUCCUCCUCCUUUUUGGAAGUCGGUUAAAAAACAAAAAUGAACUUUUGUGUAUGUUAUACGUGCAACUUGCAACGUGUCCAAUACCAACUUGAUAUAAUAAACAUCAAAUCAAGGAUUUAAUACAUACGCGUACUGGAAAAAUGUGUGAAUAGAAAUUAAACUUUAUUAUUAAGUUGUUAAAAUCUAUUUUCCUUUGGACUUUUAGGGAGGCAAAUCCGACCUGACAAGGAAGCUCGAAGGGUGUGUUCACGUUCUUUCAUAUUGUCAUCCUUAAAAAAAUGAUUUUUUUUUUUCAUUAAAAGCUUUUCGUAAGAAAUCAUCUUAAACACAUGUUUUAUUCGUUAUCAACCCAUAUUCGGCUCACUGCUGAGCUCGAGUCUCCUUUCAAAAUUAGGGUUAGGCCAAUAGUCCACCACGCUGGCCCAAUGCGGAUCGGCAGACUUCACACACGCAGAGAAUUAAGAAAAUUCUCUGGUAUGCAGGUUUCCACACGAUGUUUUUCCUUUACCGUUUGAGACACGUGAUGUUAAUUUCUCAAAAUACACACAACUGAAAAGUUGAAGGUGCAUGCCCCGGACCGGAUUCGAAGCCACACCCUCUGGAAUCGGAGGCAGAGGUCAUAUCCACUGGGCUAUCACGGCUCACAUGUUUUAUUACUUAUUUAUAAUUAAUUUAAGUUCAUAUUGUAAUGUUUUCUAAUAUUUUGCUAGAUAUACUUAAAAUAAUUAAAAUAAAACAUUAUUAUUUAAAACUAGCGGAUGCCCGCGACUUCGUCCGCGUGAAACUCUCAACUACCCCUACCCUACCCCUACCCCGUUUUCUAAUUAUUAUUAAUAUGAACUUUAUACCAUAGCAAUAAAGCUCAAACUGACUACGUUUUAGUUACAAAUCAUUUGUAUGGGAAAAAGAAAAGGGCUAUUUUUAGGGUUUUUCCAGCAAUAAUUCUAAUUUUUCUCGCCGUAAAAACCAUCCUUGAACUUCAACGAACAUUUUAAAAAAAGAUUUGGCCAAAUUGGUCCAGGCGUUGUUGAGUUAUGCGCUUACCAACGCAUUUUGCGAUUCAUUUUUAUAUUAUAGAUUUUUUCCACUGGCAAUUCUUUGUCAAUUUGUCAAGUGUCACAGCGUUUGUCAUAUGCGUUAUAAUAUAUGGUCACCCUAUUAGAGAAAGACACUGGCAUACACUAUACCCUUCCUGCUUGACUCGUUUUUACGUCGGGAGUACGCAGUCCAGUUAGUCUCAACAGGUCCAGUUAGUUGGUUAGACUGUGUGAUAUCUAUCAGUAAGCACCGGAUGACAUCUAAAUAUAUAUAACUGCCUGACAUAGUGAUCUAUCAGCCCAAACCACUGGACGGAUUGGGCUGAAAUUUCGCAUGCAGGUAGAGGUUAUGACGUAGGCAUCCAUUAAGAAUUUUGAUCAAUUCUACCCCCAAGGGGUAAGGGAUGAAAAUUUGUAUUAAACUUUGUCAAUUUUCAACCGAUCGGGCUGAGACUUUACAUGCAUAAAGGUACUAUGACGUAGGCAUCCCCUAAGAAAGGAUUUUGAUAAAUUGUAAGCCUAAUGGUUAAUAGGAUAUGAAAAUUUGUAUGGAAAGUCCUUCAUUUUUAGAGUUACACUUUUAAGAAAUUUGUUCAUAAAUCAUAUAAAAAAUACAAAAUAUAAUUCAAGGUUUUCUUUUUUUCAAAAUUCUACCACUAAAGGGAUGAAAUAGGGGUUGAAAGUACAUUAAUUUCCAUGCGGACGAAGUCACGGGCAUCCGCUAGUUCGUUAUAGAAUGUCAAUUUCGUAUAUUUAUUUAUUAUAUAUCCUUAGUAUGCUUACAGCUAAGCCAAAACGCAUACAAAGUACAGACUUACAAUAUAACAGAUAAACAAAUUACAAUAUAAUCACUAUACAAUACAAACACAUAAAUUGCAUAUUUCCAUAAAAAUUAAAAUUAAAAUUCACAGCUGUUUACAAUAUCAAUAAAUACAUGAAGUUUUAUAUCAAAAAUAUCCGCUGAGCAAUCAACGAAUUGAGCAUCGACAGUACCCGAUUAGUUGAGGCAUUUCGAGCAUAUUGCGUACGGAACGACUUGAUAGCGAAAAAAGGUCGCUUACGACACGACCGAAGCAACUUGCCUGGUUCUCGAAUGUCAACUAGUAUACGUCAAAGAUAGUGAAUUAAGCUGCAGGUCUGUCAACGACAUUUUAUCCUAUCACUAUUAGUUAUUAUUAUUUAUGAAUAGUAUUUAUUAUUUAUUGUAUUGCAAUUUCCCAUCUCACAGGAUAUUUAGAUUAUUUAUGUUUAAGUUACCUGGAAGAGAUCACUUUUAGUGAUAAGGUCGCCUUUUGCCUAAAAAUGUAUAUGUUCUUAUGUUAUUUUAUUUUCUGUGCAAUAAAGGUAUUAUAAAUAAAUAAA